AGGCGACUUCCGGUCACCAUCUUGAGUGACAGCAGAGGCGGAGCCCCGACCGACAUGUUCGUGAAAGGCUGGCCUUCGAGGGCACCUCCCCGAAAGCGACUGAGCACCAAGCGCGGAGUGCGGAGGCCCACUGUCGCAGCCCCACCCCCGGCUUUGGGCUCCACCUCUCGAGCCCACUUCCGCCGGGCGAGCGGCUGUAGGCGUCGCUGCCGUAAAUCGGCUCGGCGGUUUGCCGCAUCACGGAAGAUGGCGGCCGCGACGGUGAACGGGGUGGCUGGCGGCUCGAGCUCGGGGCCUGCAGCUGCCUCGGGCGCAGUCCUGCAGGCCGCAGCCGGUAUGUACGAACAACUCAAGGGCGAGUGGAACCGUAAAAGCCCCAAUCUUAGCAAAUGCGGUGAAGAACUGGGCCGUCUCAAGCUGGUUCUGUUGGAGCUCAACUUCCUGCCAACCACAGGGACCAAACUGACCAAACAGCAGCUCAUUCUGGCCCGUGACAUACUGGAGAUUGGGGCCCAGUGGAGUAUCUUACGCAAGGACAUCCCCUCCUUCGAGCGGUACAUGGCCCAGCUCAAAUGUUACUACUUCGAUUACAAGGAGCAGCUCCCGGAGUCAGCCUAUAUGCACCAGCUCUUGGGGCUCAACCUCCUCUUCCUGCUGUCCCAGAACCGGGUGGCUGAGUUCCACACAGAGCUGGAGCGGCUGCCUGCCAAGGACAUCCAGACCAAUGUGUACAUCAAGCAUCCGGUGUCUCUGGAGCAAUACCUGAUGGAGGGCAGCUACAACAAGGUGUUCCUGGCCAAAGGCAACAUCCCUGCCGAGAGCUAUACCUUCUUCAUUGACAUCCUGCUUGACACUAUCAGGGAUGAGAUUGCUGGCUGCAUCGAGAAGGCCUAUGAAAAAAUCCUCUUCACUGAGGCCACUCGGAUCCUCUUCUUCAACACACCCAAAAAGAUGACGGACUACGCCAAGAAGCGAGGGUGGGUCCUAGGCCUCAACAACUACUACAGCUUUGCCAGCCAGCAGCAGAAGCCAGAAGAUACCACCAUCCCCUCUACGGAGCUGGCCAAACAGGUCAUCGAGUACGCCCGGCAGCUGGAGAUGAUUGUCUGAGCCCGCCAGGCACCGGGGUGGGGCAGGGCUCGCGUUAUUUAAAGCAGUUGCAGGGCAGGGUUUCCUCCAAUAAAGGUGGAUUGACAUUUUCUCUCUUAGGCCCUUGUCUCCCCGAGUGGAAUGGUGGGGACAUAGGUUCUUAUCUCUGAAGAAUUUGAAAGUUUGGGGGCCCUAGGAAGUCCGAGAUAACCCUGGGUCAGCCUCUGUCCAGAGGCCAUUGCUUAAGAUCUCAGAGAUGCCCAGUGGCAGUGUGGCCUGGGGAAGAGCACAGGCCCCAGGUAGAGGGACUGUUGCAGCCAGCUGUGGACACAGAAAGGCCAGGCCAAGGCCCCAGAGUGCUUCAGCGAAGGGGAUGGGUGUGGCAGUUUUUUUAAAUGUUUGCAAUGAAUUAAACCAGUUUUUAAAAAUGA